AUGGGUCACUCGCACGGUUUGAGAAGCGGCACUCGGUAUGCCUUCAGCCGUAACUUCAAGGAGCACGGCCAGAUCCGCCUGUCGACCUACCUGAAGACCUACCGGGUUGGCGACAUUGUGGAUAUCAAGGUCAACGGUGCCGUCCAGAAGGGUAUGCCCUACAAGGCUUUCAACGGAAAGACCGGUGUCGUCUACAACGUGACCAAGUCCUCCGUCGGUGUCCUCCUCUACAAGGUUGUCGGCAACCGCUACAUCGAGAAGCGCGUCAACGUCCGCAUCGAGCACGUCAAGCACUCCCGUUCCCGUGAGGACUUCAUCAAGCGUGUCAAGGAGAACGCCGAGAAGAAGCGCCAGGCCAAGGAGCAGGGCAUCCACCUCCACCUGAAGCGUCAGCCCGCCAUGCCCCGUGAGGCUCACGUCGUCGAGGGUGUUACCGCCGAGACCAUCACUCCCAUCCCUUACGACACCCACAUCUAA